AUGGCGGGGCUGGUCGGCACGCCGUACUACGUCGCGCUAGAGGUGGUCGCCGGGAGGGAGUACGGCGAGAAGGUGGACAUGUGGAGCGCCGGGGUGGUGCUGUACAUGAUGCUCUCCGGGACCGUCCCCUUCUACGGCGCCACCGCGCCCGAGAUCUUCGAGGCCGUGCUCCGUGGCACCCUGCGCUUCCCGCCGCGCGCGUUCGCGAACGUCUCGCCUGAGGCCAAGGACCUCCUGCGCCGCAUGCUCUGCAGGGACGUCUCCCGGAGGCUCUCCGCCGAGCAAGUCCUCAGGCAUCCGUGGGUUGUGAGCCGUGGCGGACUGAAGCCGAUCGACAUGCCACGGCAUGCGCUCCCUCCACCUGUAGAUAGAUCUUCAGUCUUUUACCCUGUUAAUUUCCGGCUAGCCACGCCACGCCAUGCGCCGAGCAGGCUGGAGUUUGGUAGAUGA